AAUAAAUUAAAUGCAAGCAGAAAUAAAAAAUAUACCAUUGAAUUAAGGAAAAUAUACAACUUAAUAAAGAUUAGGUAGUGGUUCUUUUGGUGAGAUCUAUUUAGUAACAACAUAAGCAAAUGAAAUAUUGGCAGCAAAAUUUGUAAUAAAUAUUUUGAAUAAAUUUAGGAAGAAAUUAAAUCAAAGCAUCCUUAAUUAGGAUUUGAAGCAAAGGUUACAAAAGCAUUGUAAGGAGGAAGUAUGAUUUAUUAUAAAAAAAAAUAGUUGGGAUUCCUGUAUUUCAUUAUUUUGGAUAAGAAGCUGGAUUAAAUGUAAUGAUUAUAGAUUUACUGGGACCAAAUUUAGAAGACUUAUUCAAUUUAUGUUAAAGAAAGUUUUCAUUAAAAACUGUAAUCAUGUUAGCAGAUUAAAUGAUUUAAAGAGUUGAAUAUAUGCAUUCGAAAAGUUUUAUACACAGAGAUAUUAAACCAGAUAAUUUUCUUAUUGGAUUAGGCAGAAAAUCAAACACUGUGGUAUUUUAUUAAAUUAAUAUACUCAGUAUAUUCUAGAUUUUGGUUUAAGUAAAAAAUAUAGAGAUGCUAAAACACAUUAACAUAUUCCAUACAGAGAAAAUAAAAAUCUUACGGGUACAGCAAGAUAUGCUAGUAUUAAUGCACAUCUUGGUAUAGAAUAAUCUAGAAGAGAUGAUUUAGAAGCUAUUGGAUAUGUUAUGGUCUAUUUAUUAAGAAGUUAUCUACCUUGGUAAGGAAUUAAAGCAAAUAAUAAAUAAGAAAAAUAUCAUAAAAUCAUGGAAAAAAAAAUGACUACUCCUGUUGAAGUUUUAUGUAAGACUUUACCAAGUAUUUUUUAUUUAUCAUUUUAAUAGUUGAAUUCUCAACAUAUUUAAAUUAUUGUAGAUCCUUAAGAUUUGAAGAUAAACCUGAUUAUAGUUUUCUUAGAAAAAUGUUCAAAGAAUUAUUCUAAAAACAUGGAUAUGAUUGGGAUUAUUAAUAUGAUUGGUGUCUAGCUAUUAAUGGAUAAAAAACUAAUACUUAUAAUAAUGGUAAAAUCACAAUCUAAGUCAAUGCAAAUUAAUAUGAUGCUGAUGAAAAUCAACCUCCUAUUACUAUCUAAAUUAGUAUAUAUUAUUAAUAUUAUUUAAGAUGAAAAGGUAUAAGAUAAAUAAGUAGUUGAAUCCAAAAUUAUUGAUAACAAAUACUAAAGAGUUUAGAAUCCAGAAAAUGAUAUAGAUUAAACUGAAUAAAUUGCCAGAAAUUUAAUGGGAAAUGAAUAAUUUAAUAAAUAACAAGAUUAAAUUAAAAAGAAUCUUAUGGGUGAUAGUGAAAUCAAAUUAUCAAUUCCUAAUAAUACAAGUUAAAAAAAUUAAGCACCAAUUGAAACAGUUUUUAAUCCCAGGGUUGUUAUAUAAGUAUUUAAAUAAAAAAUAAAAAUAUAGAAAAAAACAAUUUAUGAAAGAUUAGGCUAGAGUAUGGCAAUUGAUUUCACAGUUGAUAAAUUAUUGUAAAAAUUGUCGAAUGAUCCAAAAUUAAAGAGUUUUUUUGUUAAGUCAGAUAUGAAGAAGUUGAAUUCUUAGAUGUAAGCAUUUCUUACAAUGCUUUUUGGAGGGUAUAAUUAGUAAUGAUUUAGACCUUCAAAUUAUAUGGGAAGAGAUAUGUUAGAAGCACAUAGAGGAUUAGGAAUAGAUGAUACACAUUUUAAUCUAGUAGUAAAACAUUUAAGCGAUACUCUUGUUAAUUUAGCACUUCCAGAAGAUAUUGUAGCUGAAGUAGUUGAAGUUUGUGAAUCUCUUAGAGAUGAUGUACUUGGAAAAGGAUGAAAUAAUAUUCAUUAAAUAAAUCAUUAUUAAAU